AAAUCCUUGAAUCUUCAUCCAGCAUAUCCCUUCCUCCGCAUUUUCAAUCAAAACCCUUCUUCCAGAGAAGAGAAACCCUAGAAAUGGCUCGCACAAAGCAAACCGCCCGCAAGUCCACUGGUGGUAAGGCUCCGCGGAAGCAGCUGGCUACCAAGGCCGCCAGGAAAUCCGCCCCUGCCACCGGCGGAGUGAAGAAGCCCCAUCGUUUCCGCCCUGGCACUGUUGCUCUUCGAGAGAUCCGAAAGUAUCAGAAAUCCACUGAGCUUUUGAUCCGGAAACUGCCGUUCCAGCGGCUUGUUCGUGAGAUAGCUCAGGACUUCAAGACGGAUCUGAGAUUCCAGAGCUCCGCCGUGGCGGCGCUUCAGGAGGCGGCGGAGGCGUAUCUUGUUGGAUUGUUUGAGGAUACCAACCUCUGCGCCAUUCACGCUAAGAGGGUUACGAUUAUGCCUAAGGAUAUCCAGCUGGCGAGGAGGAUUAGGGGUGAGAGGGCUUAAUUCUAGUCCUAGCGGGGAUGGAUGUGUUUUAAAGUCUGGUACUGUUGGUUUAAGGUAAAUAUGUGGUUGUAUCUUGUACUGAAGCGUUUUGACUUGUACGAAUGAAAGUUGAGGAAUGUUAUUGUUCAACUGAUCGUUUGAGGUAUUUUUAUUUCCCUAACAUUAGGGCUUCAAGUUACCAAUCAGAUUAAUACAAUACUAAAGUUCAAUUA